GGCUGAUUGGUUGUGGUUUUUUUCUAAUGAAACAAAACAAAAUAAAGUAUUUGCCGGUAUAAAAAAAAAAUCAGUUUUGCCCGUGCAACUGCAGUGAGCCUACUGUAACCUACAGUUACGUGACUGAGCAGGUGAUGAAAUAAACUUUAAAGCGUAGUAAACUUAAGUUGCUUUAUUUAUUUAUGCCCGAGUAUUAAUGAUACUCAGCAGUCUUUUGUUAAUUUAGCGGUUAGCCUAAGUCAAGUCCUGCUGCCUAUGUUUUACAUUUUUCAAGGCAAUAUAAUAAUAAUGUCAAUAUAUAAGGUGCUCUUCCGAUUCCCCAUGAUUUUGUAAUUUUGAGCUCAGUUUCCACCACAAACCCAUUAACUAUUUGGAUGUUGUUUCUGUAACAUUAACAAUCUGCAGCAAAAACUGGACAAUAUCUUACUGAUGAGUAAAUAAACCAUCCAAAUCUGCAAUAUUUUCUCGCCAUUUGGCAGCAUCCUGUAGACUGUAGAACCAGCGGUGCACACCUAAUUUAGAUUUCUUGCCUAUUCCUUACGCUGAAUGUUCCGUCCUUGUUCUGAAACGAGGUAAUUUGUAUUUUAAUAAUUUUAGUCUGAAAAUGAUGGGAACUGGUACUACUGGUACAUUCCAGAGAGAAGCAUCUGAUAAAAUUUCAAGUUUUUCUUUUUAACCAUCACAGUUACAGUAUCUUGGAUGGAAUCAAUAUUAUCGGCAACCAUUUCAGUUUCCAAACCAUCCACGUCUUUACUUUUAUUUUCACGCCAAACUCUUCCAUUUUCUGAACUUUUUGCUGUUCUAUAGAAUGCAUGCUGUUGGUAUCAGAUGAAUUAGUAUCAAUGGUAGUUUGGCGAAAGUCUUUUGGUGAACCCUGGUCAUUUGGUUUCUUGUCAUAUCAAAGCAUUGAUCCUGGUAGUGAUUUUAGUGAGUCACAUCUUUUCUUUUUUGCUUUUCGCUGCUGCCGGCUGACUAGAUUUGUGCACUCUGUUUUGCAUGAUAGAAUAAUCUUUAACAAUAAAAAAUUUUUUAAUUGCGUUGUGUUAGGACAGUUAAAAAACAACAGAGCACUAUAAAAAAUACAACACAUAAAAAAGUGGCAGGUAAAACAGAACAGUUGAACUUUGACAUUCAUGCUCAAAUGUUAAGGGGCCGUGCUAGUGAGGAAUCUGCGAAAAUAUCAAUUUUGAGCAUUUCUGGGUUUCAAUAUAUUUGAUUUCAAAAAACUAUUUUUUUCAAAUGUAAAUAAAUUUUAAAAAAAUUUUUUUUUAAAUUACAAAAUGAUGUAAAAUAUGGGUAAAAAUUCAUUAUUAAACGGUGUUUUCUUACCUAAUUAUAAGGUCACCUCAUUUCUGAUGCAUCAACAUUUAACUUUUAAUAAAGCGUGCAUUGGGAUUGGUUACAUGUUUGGAAAAUUGAUGUGUGAUCAGUUAUCUUUUUAUGAAAAUGGGUUAGACAGAGCAGUUUGUGCUGUGUAAAUAUGUAAUUUUUCAAUUUUUUGUCGGGGUCAGAUGGGAGGGGGGUGCAGACCGCACCUCCCUAGCUACGCCACUGCAUUUCAGUCAUUUCAAGCACAAUAUCAACAUGAAAUUGUACUUUGUAAUAAUUAUAAUUUUUGAUCAAUAGGAUAACACAAUAUGGCAGAAAGAAGUCCAGAAAGCCAACUUGAUAACACUGAGACAAUAGAAACUGAUAAAGUCACAGUUCCUAAUGCACAAAGUAAGUAACCUUUACAAUAAAUUAGGUUUCUAUGCACAGGAAGAAAUUUUACUAUUUAUUAACAUUGCUAAUACAUUUUUUGCUGUGUUUGUUUGUUGAAUUAGUUUAAAAGUUAAUUACUAUAUUUAUUGACGUAUAACACACACUUUUUCUCCCUGAAAAUGGAGGGCAAAUGAUGUGUGUGUGUUAUACGCCGAUAUAAUGUUUAGUUUUUUCCCCUGAAAUUUCCUUCUUAAAUUGAGGUGCGUGUUAUACGUAAAUAAAUACGGUAGUUAAUUCUUUUCAUAAAUUUCUAAAUCACAUUUUUAUUUAAUGUACUUCCUAUUGCAAGAAAUUCAACAAUAGCUAUAUUUAGGAAGUUGAGGAACAUUUAUAUUUAAUAUCAUAAUUAAUCAGGGGACUAUAAGUAAGUCAUUUGCUAACCUACCAUAGAGAAUAACUCCUCCAAGAUUUUUACCCUUGAGGCAUUUUAUAAAUUCUUUUAUUGUUGUAGCUGUAAAACUAUUUAUUAGGCUUAACUUUAAAAUACCAUCCCUGUUGCCUUCAAAGCUGGCCCAGUUGUAAACUAUAUUUCAAACUAAUAAAUGCAGUAUAUUACAUAUUAGUUCCAGUAAUGACAAAUGGCCUUGGUAUAUAUUUUAGAAAAGGAAACCUUAGAGGAUCUAUUAUCCACCUUGAGUCAACAAAUCAACAGCACCAACUGGUUACAGCAAAACACACCUGAGAAGUUUGCUGAAGAAAACCCAGAGAUUGCUGGCGUGUUCAAAAGUAUACGAGAGAGCAGCAAAGCAGACGAGAAAGCAAAUGACCAAGGAUAGGAGGAUAGUGGGGGAAUCAAAAUGUAUUCAACAAUCUAAACCACAACCAAAAUGCACUAUGGUGUUGAAGUCGUGUAUUCCAAAUGUUGAAAGUACAGUACAUACAUUUGGACUUCCAGCUUAUUUAUUGAUUUCUAAUGCCUUAAGAACUUUUUUACAAUUCAGUUAUAACGGGGAAGGGAAAUAAGUGGAGAAAAGUGUAUUGAUUAUCUUAUCUGCUGGUUAAUUUUUAAAAAAAAUUCUUUAUCCUAAAGUACAUCACUUUUAAAAUAAUUUGAGAAAUAGGUGAACAUUUACUUUAGAAACAGGUCAGUGCUCAGGUAGAAAUUUAACAUAUAAGUUCUGUUUGCCUAUGUGCCAGUGGAUGGAAAAUUCAUCUGUCAAUUUCAACACGGCAAGUCUUUUGAAAAACAAUGCCCCACACUCUACAUCAGAGCUACGCAAAUGAUUUACCACAAGAAAAUGGUAGGUGUGACACCGUGAAAUUCCUCCAACGGGACGAAAAACGUGAUAUGAUGUAAAUUUCUUGAAAAAGGGGACAAUGAUUGGUUAAUAAUUAACAAGCUGUCAAAUAGCACAGCACAUCUGCACAUUUAAAUUAUGAAAAGUCACCAUGUCCAGGUGUCUGAAGUAAGAGAGAUUAAAAUAUUUGUAGGAGGCUUUGUCUUUUGAUGACAUGCUUUUUCAUGCCACUAUGAGUGACUAUGUUAAACUUCAACAAGGUGUUGAUUGCUUUUUUUUUUUUUGUUAUUUUGUUUUGCACUACUGAGUUAACAUUUCGUCACCCAACUGAACUCAACACAAACUAAGCUUAAUCCUUUUCAGACUGAGGGAGAUCUUUCAUCUGAUUUGUUGACACAGUCAAGAACAUGUUUAUCUUGCCACAUACAUUUUUUAAAAUAUUGCUUUUGUUUUAUUAUUUUUGGCUUAUGUUUUUGGCAUUGAAAUAAAUAUGUUAACUUUACACUUCAAUGUCAUAGUAAGUUAGUGGUCUCUGAUUUUUUAUUUGUAUCAAAAAAUAGUUUAAUUGGGUGAUUGAAUGGUUCUGUGUUAAAUUGGUAUACAUAAAAGUGUUUUAAUUAAUCAAACAAUUAUCACUUUAAACAUGUAUAUAAUACAAGCUUUU